AUGUCAUUCUUUGGAUUUGAUCCUAGUGUGCCUCCACAUGCUCAGUCAAGGGACAAAGUGACAGAAAGUUACGAUUUCCAAGAUACAUAUGAUGGAUUAGGAGAUGAGUUAGAUGAAGGCGACGACGCUUUCAAUGACGAAACAUUUGGUACAUCUGAAGAAGUAAGAAAGGAUUUCAAUUUUGCAGGAGCAGGGAUCAAUAAUGUCUCUGCUGCUCCACAACCUCAAAGACCAGGAAUUAGUUAUGCUGAUGCUAUUUCCCAUUCCAAUGAUGAUGAGUUUAUGCAAGAUUUAUGGGGCACAUCUAACGCCCCACAGGGUCAACAGCAACCUCAGCAGCCAGCUGAAGGACAAUUACGUGGAGCUCCAGAAAAGAAGAUCUUAUCGUUAGAAGAAAUUGAGGCUCAAUUGACUUCUAUUGAUCAAUCCCAGCAACUUCCACCCCAACCCCAAUUUGUUGUACCAGGAAUGAUGCCUCCAAAUCAAUUUGGUGGUUACAUGUUACCUCCAGCAGGAUUCAUGCCACCUCCUGGUCAAUAUGGGCAAUUUCAAGGUGCUCCAUUAGGUUCUCAGCAGUUACCACCACAACCAAUGCAACCUUCUGGUCAGCAACUUCCACCUCAUCCUCAAUCACAACCACACCAACCUCAACCUCAACAAGCUGUUCCAAAGCAAGUAUUACAACAGGCUCAACCUCAGCAGGUUCCUCCUCAACAAACUGAACAACGCAGGGUUUCGAAGGUCGAUCUUUCCCAUUUCCCAGUGUUGGGCUCAAAAGGAAGUGAAGCUUAUCAAACACAAGGACAACAGCAACAGCAACAACAGCAACAACAGCAACAACAACAACAGCAACAACAGCAACAACAGCAACAACAACAACAGCAACAACAAUAUGUUCCUCAACGUCAACAACAACAGCAGUUCUCUCAAGGCUCGCCAAUUCAACAACAGUCUCAACAAGCUCCUCAACCUGACUUGACCCCAGAACAGCAAGCCAAAUUAGCUAAAAGACAUGACAAGGUUGCUCGUAUUAUGAAGUAUUCUGGUAUUAUGAACCCUAAGGAUAAGGACUUUGUAACUCGUUUCCAAUUAUCUCAAAUUGUUACUGAAGAUCCUUACAAUGAAGAUUUUUACGCUCAGGUUUUUAAAGUUGUUCACCCAAAGGUUAAUAGCAAUCCUAUGCAACAAAACGCUCAGCAACAUAAUUCCAUUGCUCAAGCUUAUUUGGAGCAAAGUGGGCAUAGAUUGGGUGGUCGUUAUAAGAGAGCUGAUGUAGCAUUACAAAGAAUGCAACAGCAAGUUCAAAAAGCUGUCACUGUCGCCAAGGAAAGACCUAAGUUAACCCAAUAUGCAAGAGAAGGUGCUUUAGGUAAGAUCUCUUUUGGUAAUGGUAAGAAGCCAAGGCAACAGUUAGAAAUUUUCAGCAAGGCUGCCCAAAGAGAAAUUGAAAAGAAGGAGGCAGAAGGUAAGAAAGAAGGGAAUGGAUUUGCUGAAGGUGACUCCAAUGCAAAUGCGGAUAAAAUUAGCCCAGCUGCCAAGAAAACAAGAUCGCCAUCUAUUUCAGCACCAUCCAAGCCAAUCAAGAAAUAUUCUAAGAAGGAUAUUAUGAGUAUUUUAGAAAAUAUUAUUUCGAAACUUAUGAAUGUUGAAAGUGAAUCAAGAUUAACAAGUGACGUUGACACAACUGACUUAUGGGAAUCAUUACAUAUAUUGGAUCAACCCUCUUCAUCUGGUGAUGAUGAAUUAGAAGUUAAUCCUUUUAUACAAUGUUUAAAUCACAAUAAAACUUUGAAAAUCUUGCCAAGAUUAUUCAAAUUUUUAUCUAGAGAGCAGAUCUUAACCAUAGUUACAUUAUUAAUGUCAAAUUUGGAAAAUUUAUCAGUUAUCAAGCUUGGUUCCUAUACAACGUACCCUGAUAAGAAAGUGUCAGAUUCUAUUUUGAAAUUAGUGGAAGCGUAUUCAUUAACGUUCUCUAAGGUUUUGAUGAAUGCUGCUCAGGAUUUUAAAUUCAAUGAAAUUAUUGGUUUGUUAGUCAUCUUGAUUGAGCAUAACAAUGUUUCUUUUGUAUCGACUACUAAGAUUGGUUUAUCAAUUUUAACAACCUUAUUGUCUCGUGCGGAAUUAAUAAGAGGUGAAGGUGUCAUCUCAGCAACUGAUUUGUCGGAAUGGUCUUCUUGCUACGAUGAGUUAUUCACUUCAUUAGAAUCUCGUAUAGCUGCAAUUUUCCCACCGCAUCCUGAAGAUGUCGAUGAUGGUUCCUCAAGAGAAAAUUAUGUCUGGCAAUUCUUGGCUACCUUGUCCUUGGGUGGAAAGUUGAGUCACCAAAGAAUCAUUGUUGAUGAAGUUAGAGACGAGAUUUUCGGUGUCAUGAAUAGAGCUAAAGCCAUCGAUAAUUCAGAUUUGGCAAACUUAUACAAAAAGCAAAACUUAUUGAACAAUUUAAAUAUGUAUUUGGUUGUUAUGGGGUUAGUUGCAGAUGAAAAUGAAAUCAAAGAAUUGCAAAGCUGA